GCUGCUGAUGGAUAUUGUAUGGGCCAGAGGCAGGGAUGGUCGGCUAUGACCCCAGAGCGGACGGCAGGAACAUCUCCAAGUUCCAGGUGGCAGUGGCUGGCUCUGUGUCUGGAUUUGUCACUCGGGCGCUGGUCAGCCCCCUGGAUGUCAUCAAGAUCCGUUUCCAGCUUCAGAUCGAGCGCCUGUCCCGCAGUGAGCCCAAUGCAAAAUACCAUGGCAUCCUGCAGGCCGGGAGGCAGAUUCUGCGGGAAGAGGGUCUCUCGGCUUUCUGGAAAGGCCACAUCCCGGCCCAGCUUCUCUCCAUAGGCUAUGGAGCUGUCCAGUUUUUGUCAUUUGAGCUGCUGACAGAGUUGGUGCACAGAGCCAGUGUGUGUGAUGCCCGGGACUUCUCAGUGCACUUUGUGUGUGGCGGCCUGUCUGCCUGCGCGGCCACCCUGGCCGUGCACCCCGUCGAUGUUCUGCGCACUCGCUUUGCAGCUCAGGGUGAGCCCAGGGUCUAUAACACCCUCCGAGAUGCCGUGGUGACCAUGUACCGGACAGAAGGCCCUUUAGUCUUCUACAAGGGCUUGAACCCCACCUUGAUUGCCAUCUUCCCCUAUGCCGGCUUCCAGUUCUCCUUUUACAGCUCCUUGAAGCAUGCGUAUGAGUGGGCCAUGCCAGCUGAAGGGAAGACAAACGGGAACCUCAAAAACCUGCUUUGUGGCAGUGGAGCUGGAGUCAUCAGCAAGACCCUCACGUACCCCCUGGACCUCUUCAAGAAGCGGCUGCAGGUCGGAGGGUUUGAGCAGGCCCGAGCCACAUUUGGCCAGGUACGAAGCUACAAGGGCCUCCUAGACUGCGCCAAGCAGGUUCUGCAAGAGGAAGGGUCCCAGGGCCUCUUCAAGGGUCUGUCACCCAGCCUGCUGAAGGCAGCCCUCUCCACAGGCCUCGUGUUCUUCUGGUAUGAGUUAUUCUGUAACUUCUUCCACAACAUGAAGAAGACACACAGCUAG